AUGAUAUCACCAAGUAUUUUAUACCAAAUUAAUACUCAUCAAAAACUGGAUUUAGGAUUUGGUACAUGUUUUCCUCUGUUACUAUUUAUCUAUCAACAAGUUACUGAUGCUCUUGUCAAUUAUGGUAAAUUAAAAUAUAUUGAACAAAUGGAUCUUCAAAAUUUAUCUCAAUUAUCAUCAAAAGCAGAUCAAUCAAAAACAGCUAAAUCAUUUGCUGAACUAGAAGGAAAAUAUGCAAUCGAAGCUAUUCAAAAUAUUCGUACCGUAGCAACUUUUAAUCAAGAAGAAUUUUUUAUUAAUAAAUAUGAAGAUGCAUUUAAUAAUGAUUUCAAAUCACGAAUGUUUAAAAUACAAACACAAGCAUUAGGAAAAGCGAUUGCAAAUUCAUUUUUAUAUUUUAUUCAUGUUACUGCAUUCAGUUAUAGAGCAAGUCUUGUUGAAAAUGGUGAAAUGAUUUUCGAUCAAGUUUUUCGUGUAUUUAUUGUUAUUAAUUUUGCUUCAAUGUCUGUUGGUAGAAGUACAUCAGCAAUGCCUGAUUAUAAUCUUGCAAAAGCAGCUGCACGACGUAUUUUAGCGUUACGUGAUCAAAAAUCAACUAUUGAUCCUUAUGAUGAUAACGGUUCGAAACUAAAUAAUGCUCGAGGAAAUAUUAAAUUUCAUGAUAUUAAUUUUGCCUAUCCAACAAGAGCAAAACGACUUGUACUCAACAAAUUUAAUUUGACUUGCUUAGAAGGACAAACAACAGCAUUAGUUGGCUCAUCUGGUUGUGGUAAGAGUACAACUAUUUCAUUAUUACUUCAUUUCUAUGAUCCAAAAAAUGGACGAAUAUUAUUGGAUGGUCAAGAUAUACAAACAUUAAAUGUAAACUGGCUUCGUUCACUUAUUGGUUAUAUUCAACAAGAACCAAUAUUAUUUGAUCGCACUAUUGCUGAAAAUAUAGUAUAUGGUAUUAAUGACCGACAAGUAUCAUUCGAAGAAGUUCAAAAAGCUGCAAAACAAGCUAAUGUUCAUGACGAAAUAAUAUUAUUUCCAAAAGGUUACAAUACUCAUUGUGGAGGUGUUGGAGAUACACAACUUAGUGGAGGUCAAAAACAAAGAAUAACAAUAGCUCGAGCGCUUCUACGAAAGCCAAAAAUACUUUUACUUGAUGAAACAACUUCUGCACUUGAUAAUAAAUCUGAAGGAAUUGUACAAAAUGCUAUCGAUAAAGUUCGAGCAGGUCGUACAUGUUUAACCAUUGCUCAUCGAUUAACAACGAUCCAAAAUAGUGAAAAUAUUGGAGUAGUUGAACAUGGUAGUGUGCGAGAACAAGAUCGACAUGAAGAAGUUUUGAGAAAAAAAGGUUUCUACUAUAAACUUGAUCAAGCAACUGUUGAAGUCUCUUGA